AUGGAUCUUCCCCCACCCGCACAGCCUGUGCAGCAAGAUGCUGCUGUUCCAAACCCAGCAGACCCUUGUUUCCCUGUCGAGCUCCAGCAGAUGCUUCUGCAGCGCAUUGCUGGUACCGGUCGACCAGCUCCCCUCAUCUUCAAGAGCUCUUGA